AUGCGUCUCCGGCUCUCUCUGGCCGUCCCAUGCCUCUUAGCGGCCCUCUUGCACGGCACAACCGCAGACCCAAGUGGAUCCUCGCUCUACCCAUCAGGCCUACUCCCACUCAUCGACAACCAAGCCAACGCGCUCCUCUCCGCGGGCCAGUUCCACGAUGCCGCAAAGUACUCGCUCAGCCGCUUACCCGCCGCCCUCGCCGACCUGGACAGGUUCCUCUCCCUCACCUCCAACUCAUUCGACAAGGCCCACCUCUACAGGGCCCGCAUCCUCACCAAAGAAGGCCGCUUCUCCGAGGCCAGAGAGGCCGUCAAGAGAUACACGUCCGACGCGAAAGACGAGGAGGCACAGGAGAUGCUGCUUGCGAUCGGCGAGGCAGAGGCAGCUGCGAAGAAAGCUGAGAAGGCAAUGCUCGCGAAGCUGUGGACGGCGUGCGAGGAGGCUGCGACCACUGCGUUGCGCACGGCUUCUCAUUCGGUCGAGAUCAGGCGGAGGCGGGCAGACUGUGCUCUAGCAGCGGGUGACAUCGAGGGCGCCGUCGGCGACCUAACCCGAUUAACCCACCUCACGACCCCAUCAACGGCGCUCUUCAUGAAGAUCUUCCGCCUCUCCUACUUCCUCGGACCCUAUUCCCCGGACGACUCCCAAUCCUACGCACUAACAACCCUCAAGGAAUGCCUCAAAUUCGACCCGGACUCCUCGCAAUGCCUGCCCGCGCACCGCCUCGUCAAAUCUCUCGACAAGCAAUAUAAAGCCCUCCACGAACACCUCGACAUCUCCGACUUCCGCGCCGUCCUCUCGCUCCUCCUCGGCAACUCAAACAAAGACGACGGGCUCCACCCCACAUUCGAAGCCGCGCUCGAAAAGCACACGACGCGCGACGCGCUCAAGAUCCCCUUCACGCUCCCCACGCCCCACGCGAAACGCCCGCGCGGGGUGCGGUGGUGCGGGGCAUUGUUGGGGAUGGAGGGGAUGCGGGAGGAUGUGGAUGGGUUGGUUGGAAGGGGGGAGGCGUUGUUGGUUAAGGAGGAGUGGGAGGAGGCGUUGAGGACUUUUGAGCGGGCGUUUGAGGCAAGCGGGAGGUCGGAUCCCGAGAGGCUUUUGAGGCUGUCUCGGCAGAAGGAUUAUUAUAAAGUGUUGGGCCCGAGACGCUGCGAAAAAGGCACACACCCCGACAAGGGCGGGAGCGAAGUUAAGAUGGCCGCGGUGAACGAGGCUUACGAGGUGCUCAGCAGCCCAGAGCUCAGGCAGCGAUUCGACAACGGCGACGACCCGAACGACCCGAUGUCUCAGCAGGGCGGGCACCCUUUCCCUGGGGGGCCGGCUGGCGGUGGUGGUGAUUGUUGGGGAAGGGGGGGGGGCGGGUUCCCUGGUGGGUUUUUGUUCCGGCAGAGUCCGCCUGGGCAGCAUGGGCAUGGACAUUGA